AUGUCUGCACCACCGAUCCAUUGGGUCCAUUUGCGAGACAGUCACCACAACAUCCAUAUCCAUGCCAUAAGUAAUAGUAAUUAUCGUGCCAUUUUGUCCCAAAUAGCGGUGCAAAGGGGUCGCGUCCCUCCCACCCACGGACACGCACUGCCCGGACAGAUGGCCCUGACGAACGGCGACUCCCUUAACGGACACUCAUAUCUAUCAAGUUUUAUAUCAUUGCUCUUAAGAGCAGAACCAUAUCCGCCAUCGCGUUAUUCCCAAUGCAUGCAACCCAACAAUAUUAUGGGAAUCGACAAUAUGUGCGAAUUGGCCGCAAGACUACUCUUCAGUGCCGUCGAGUGGGCCAGAAAUAUACCCUUCUUUCCCGACCUCCAAGUCACCGAUCAGGUGGCCCUGCUCAGACUUGUGUGGAGUGAACUCUUUGUUCCUAUGGCCGCCGACCGAGUGGUGGCUUUCAUGGAUCACAUCAGGAUCUUUCAGGAACAGGUAGAGAAGUUGAAAGCCUUGCACGUCGAUGCGGCCGAGUAUAGCUGUCUGAAGGCCAUUGUGCUCUUCACUACA